CAGGGGGACGAGCAAAUGAACCUCACAAGCACCAGAUAAAACUCGAGGUUGAUGCAGUUUAUUUCGAGCUACAAUCAGUGCAGUACACGAAGACGAUCAGAUUUAGUUUCUUUGUGUGAGUGCUGAAACAUGAUGGGGUUUAUUCUCAUUGCUGUGGCUGUGCUCAGUCUUCUGUCUGGUGGUUGGUCAGCUCCUGUGACCAACUGUGAUGACCUAACCCAGAUUAUUGAGAUCCAAGGAAGAGAGCAGCUGCUGGGUAGAUGGACGAACUUAGCAGAAAGCACAAAUACUUCAGGAUCCGGAUUAAUGUCAUCGCUCGAUGUGGGGGGCUCCUGGCUGAAACACACUGCUACUAACGAGAGUAACACCAUUGAUGUUUUUGAAGCUGUAAAAAUAUUUGGACGCUGCUACACUUCCAGAAGUACGAAGACCUUGAAAAACAACACUGUUUCUGCAGAGCAACCUAAGACUGCUUCUGAGGUCCUGCUGAAGACUGGCUGCCCUGACUGUCUUGUUGUGUCCUCAAAAUACACCUCUGGACAGGGUCUCCAGUUUUUGAGCAGGAGAAAUAAGGUGACUGCUGCUGAGAUGGAAGAGUUUACCAAGCAGGUCGAAUGUCUGAACUUACCAUCACCUGUCAUCUUUGACUCAGAUAAAGGUUUCUGCCCAGAAGAGUCCACUAAGAACACCACUGAUCUCAACACUGCGACUGAGGAGGACUAUUUCAAAUUGGCUGGAGAUAUUCUCGGCAGUGAAGAUGUAGUGAAGGGAGUUCUCGAGUCUAUCUUCAGCAGCCUAGUUGAUUUAAUAGAGGAAGAUUAACAUUGUCAUCAAAUGUCAAGAGGCUGUCUAUGGAGGAUUGCCAAUAAAAAACGAUGACACUGAAUGAACAUCAAUGUCUUUUACAUUUUUAGUCAUUUAGGUGACGCUUUUAUCCGAAGCGACUUACAGAGAAGGGAAUCGUACGCAUUCACACACCGAUGGCACAGCCUUCGGGAGCCUGAAUUUACCAUCAGAUUAAUACUGAUAUUGUUUUCCUGGAUUCAGAUAAAUAUGUAUGAAUUUUUAAACAUGUAAUCUGGCUUUAAGACUUUAAAGUCAUGUUAUUUCUCAACAAUAUAUCCAUACCCACAUCAUUUGCUGUUGAACUAGUAAGUAAAGUAAAACAAAAUUAUUCAA